AUGUACGCCAAAGGUAAAGGAGCUGUCGUCCCGUCCGAUAGCCAAGCGAGAGAAAAGUUAGCUUUAUAUGUGUACGAGUAUUUGCUGCAUGUCGGCGCACAGAAAUCCGCACAGACCUUCCUGUCAGAGAUCCGAUGGGAGAAGAACAUCACACUUGGGGAACCUCCAGGAUUUUUACACUCAUGGUGGUGUGUAUUCUGGGAUCUGUACUGCGCUGCCCCGGACCGGAGGGAGACAUGUGAACAUUCCAGCGAGGCCAAGGCUUUCCAUGACUAUAGUGCGGCCGCUGCUCCCAGUCCAGUGAUGGGCAACAUGCCACCCAAUGAUGGCAUGCCAGGAGGACCUAUGCCCCCGGGCUUCUUUCAAGGUCCUCCAGGAUCUCAGCCUUCCCCUCACACUCAGCCUCCCCCACACAACCCCAGUAAUCCCAUGAUGGGACCUCACGGGCAGCCAUUCAUGUCUCCGCGGUACCCAGGUGGCCCAAGGCCCGCCCUCCGUAUGCCAAAUCAGCCUCCUGGGAGCAUCCCCGGGUCACAGCCUCUCUUGCCAAACAGCCUGGACCCCACCAGACCUCAAGGACAUCCAAACAUGGGAGGUCCGAUGAGAAUGAAUCCCCCUCGAGGCAUGGGAGGCAUGGGCCCACAGAACUACGGCGGCGGGAUGAGGCCUCCUCCAAACUCAAUGGGGCCGGGGAUGCCGGGCAUGAACAUGGGUCCUGGUGGAAGAGGUCCAUGGCCGAACCCCAACACCAACUCAAUAGCAUAUUCAUCUUCAUCUCCAGGCAACUAUGUGGGCCCUCCAGGGGGAGGCGGCCCACCAGGAACUCCCAUCAUGCCUAGCCCCGGAGAUUCAACAAACUCAAGUGAAAACAUCUACACAAUGAUGAACCCCAUCGGCCCUGGAGCAAAUAGACCUAAUUUCCCAAUGGGACCAGGUCCUGAUGGGCCCAUGGGUGGAAUGGGCGCUAUGGAGCAGCAUCAUAUGAACGGAUCACUAGGCUCUGGUGACAUGGAUGGGUUGCCAAAGAAUUCUCCCAACAACAUGGCAGGCAUGAACAAUCCUCCCGGCACUCCGCGGGAUGACGGCGAGAUGGCAGGCAACUUUUUAAACCCAUUCCAAAGUGAAAGUUAUUCACCCAACAUGACGAUGAGUGUGUGAUUUUUUUUUUUAUUUUAUCUUUUAUUUUAUUUUAUUUCCUUUUCAUCUCCCCUUAUCCCAAUCUCCCUCUCCCAUCCACCCCCCCCCGGUGCGUCUUGCAUUACCCUCCUCCCUCCCCUACCUCCCUCCUCCUCCUCCUCCUCCUUGUGGACGGUGUGUUGUGCCACACAGCCCCUGGGGAUGCCCCUGGAAAGCAGGACUCCCCUCAAGGUCCCCCAUCCCAACUCCUGUAAAAUGGGUGUAAGAACAUGAAAAGGCCUCCAAGCAACAGGACGGGGUCGCUUCUUCGCUUCUCCUCGCCUGCCGGGCCUCGUCGCAGAGCCCUCGGACAGAAAGAGCCCGAAACUGCUCCAAGCCUGUCUCUCCCAAACCCCAAAAACCUGCCCUCGUGGUUUUGGCAUUCAAGCCUGAUCAAGAUGCCCCUCUGCAUAUACCACCACCCCCAUUAUGUCAUGCUGAUCAUAAAGAGGGCACGCAGUUGUUGACUGACAGGAGCCGAAAACUCUCAUUCAAAAACUCCUGUGUCGUCGGGAAUCAUAAAACAAAAAAGAGAAAGAAAAAAAAAAAGAAAACAAAAAAAAAGGAUGAACUGAUGUUAUUUUAGGGCAAGGAUGGAUUUCAUUAAAUGUUUGUAAUUUUUUUUCGUUGAUGGUAAUAUUAUUGUUAUAAUUUUCAUAAUUGAUAUUAUUCUACUAAUGUAGUUAUGAUUUCCUGUAAAGGGCACAUUUUAUCUCAGCAGCAGCAUCAACAAUGACGGAAUAAGCACACACUCUGAAAAAUGCACAAUGAUUUUCUGUUUACAUGAUUUUUAGGUUAUUUGAUGUCUUUCGUUUUAAGUUUUUUUUUUUUUUGUCACAGUCGGUCACUUCACAAUACCUCUCCUUUAAAAACUUGUAGCUCAAGUCUUCGCCACCUAAAUGUUUGUAGCACCAUUUGCAUAAACCUUCAAAGUAAGAGCGAUUGGGUUAAUUGGCUGUCUCCACACAUUGAAAGUAGUUUGUGCCAAGGUGUUUUUAUCUUGGCCAUAACUAUCCAUACAGUUGCUGUUUUCUGGUACAAAGUGUCUGCUGACGCACCUGAAUGAUCGUAUGUCUUUCUAUCUUGUCUUAAUAAGCACCCCACUUCUCAUAUGUUUCACUGCAUGGGAACGGCUCCUGAGAUGAUUGUCGGGACAGGUGCCAGUUCUCAUCCGGUAGCAGACAGAGCGAGAGAGCAUCUCAUCCAUGGAUUUUGUCUGUAAAUACAACAUAUUUAGCUUGUAUUGUGGUUGUUUUUAUUAUUUGUUAUCUGUCUGUGAAUCCUAAACCGUGGCUCCUUCCCCUUCAUCAACACUUUUGCUUGAUUUCAACCUCACUGUGGACUCCAAGCAGCACUGUUUUUCCUCCCAGGAGUCAUUCUGCUCUCUUGCCGAUGUCUCCUUUUGGACUUGGAGACAUUUACAGGACCUCAGAUACACUCGUGACGCCUGCUAGCAGUUUGGGUUGAACUCACAGAUCCUGUAUGAUCCACUCUCUUAACCCAGAUGGAACGGGCUUAAUAACUGUCUCCUCGGAGCUCGUAUCGAUCAGCGAGUCCCAUAUGUGCGGGAUAAUGGAUUCAGAGUAUCGGGGAGGCUGACGGCGGGAGCAGAGUGAUGCACCUUGCAGCCACGUCGGUCGAAAGAAGAGGAAUAAUGGGAUGCGUUCGUAAUGGAUAUAUUUCCAUUUUCGCGGUUGUUUUCAGCAGAUUGUUUUUUUUUUUUAUUUUAAACUUGUUCAACAGGAGAAAAAAAAAAAGAAAGCCCACAGAAUCUGCACACAAAGAAAAGCAUAGUUACAUAUCACGCUAUUUAAUUUGUUUCUUUCUGUAUGUUGUGUACUCUUGGCUUGAUCAACUCUCUGUCACUGUUUCAAAGGGAUAAACGGUCUCACGUGGCAUCACACUGCCGCACUUGCGUCAUGGCUGUGUUCAAACCAACAAUAACUAAACAACCACUGUAGCCUCUACGGGUGAUGGUGACAUACUUAUCAAUUUUCUGAUAUCAAUGUGAACAGAUAGCACCCAGAGUUCAACGGGGACGUCUCCAGGAUUUGGCUAUCGGUGGCCUGGGAAAACACUCGCUCUCCACACACACACACACACACACACACACACACACACACACACACCUUCUCUCCUCCAAUCCCAUCCCUCACCCCCUCCCUCCCCUCUCUUUAAUUUCCUUUUUUGUAAAUACUGUAUAAUGCAUUUUGAUAUCAUUGACAUGUUUUGAUAUGUCAGUCACUACCAAUGAAUACAGCUGAAAGUAAAUUAUAAAUAAAUCUGUCCAUGUUUUUCAUAGAGAACGGAUGCGCUGACUAUUUGGCUCGCGUGGCUAAAUUUCCAUAAAAAUGUAUAGAAUACAGUGACAGAAUAAAUGCAGACUGUAUGCUAAAGAUUUGUAUGGUGGGGAGGAUAGGACAGAGAGAGGACAGGACCGAGAGAAGCAAAAACAAAGCUGUGGCGUCCUCACUCUGCCCUUGUCUCCUUCUGUUUCAGUUAAACGUGACUAUUGGCUUUGAAUAAUAAUUUUGGAUAUUUUUUCCAAAGGGCAUCUUCUCACAACAACAAAAAAAAAACAUGUGACAUCUUAUUGCAGUUUUUAAUAUGAAGGAUUUUUAUCAAUUAAAAAAAAAAACUUUUAAAAAGGUGAAAAAUACUUAUGAGAACCUCAUUUUAAAUUAAGAAUAGAUCAAAAGGUAACUGUGUCCUUUGCUAUCCGCUCCUGUUAUAGCGUUGUAUAGAUGGAAGCUCUCUCACUGAUCCUCUCUCAGUCCUCUGUGUAUAUCGAUCGUUGGCCAUCUCUGUACUUCUAUUGUGAUGUAUAAUACUGUACCAUUAGGAAGAUUUGCUGGUCGGGUGGGGUGGUUCUGUUGAGUCGGGGAGGGGUGGGGGAUUCAAGGGAAAGGGGAUAUGAAUGAUUUUCCUGUACCGUUCAUGGUCCUUUCUAAUGACACGGCAGUAUUCAAUAUGAAGCAGUCUGUCUCUUGGGUUUGCUUUGUAUUUACAUGGUAGGAUAGUUCAGAAUCUUGUCUUAGGGACUUAGGUGUCUUGUGUAGGUAAUAAAGAUGUUCUUUGUAUGUUUCUUUAUAUUGUAAAGUUUCUUUAGACUGAAAGAAAAAACAGAUAAUUUGCUUAUCAAAAAAGAAACAAUGCAUCAAUAAUAAAUGUCAUUUGAUUUUU